GUGUCUAUUCUACAACUGUUCUAAGAGUUUACCUAAAUAGAAAUAGAGGUUUGGAGGUUAGGCUGUUUAAAUUGUCCAUAACAGUCUUGAAAACAAAUAUUAAUUGAUAAAUUUAGCUUCUGACAAUAUUCUGAUUCAUACACAGAAGAGUGCUCAGCUAAAACUGACAAAGCAGAGGAGCCUGCUUUGAAGAAGCCAGCUAAAUCCGGUCCCGCCAAGACCGAUUUUGCUGCCUUGCCGGAUUACAAGAUUUGAGAGCAAAAGACUGAAGAUGGCAAGGAGUAGAACUUCAUAGAAUGUAGCUGGACUUAGAUCUUAUGCUGGCGUUUCUGUCACUGUGCCUGUCUACAAAAAAGGAGAUAAAUCUUGCCCAGAUGAUUACAGACCUAUCUCUCUUGUCCCAGUUAUAUCAAUAAAGGUGGUGGAGAGUCUGAUGCAGAAACAAUUGGUCAAUUUCAUGGAGAGAAAUGACUUGUUCAUGCUAUCCCAGUUUGGUUUCAGGAGUGGCAAAUCUACAGGUAUAUUGUAGGCGGUAGACAUGUCUAUGAAAUCUGAUGAGGAGUCGGCGUCAGCUGAGCAAAUCAAAAAUGAAAGUAGCAAUGGAGAUGAUGUUACAAAGAAAAUAUUCAAAGUACCAGUCGUGUUUGGUCCACGAAAGAAAACAAAGAUUGAACCCAUAUAUGAUGGUUUGUCUGUUCAACCUAGUGAAAGCAGUGAACGCAGUCAACCUGAUCAGAAUGAGGAAAGUAAUGUUGAAAUGGAAAUUGUCGAUUACGACGAAGAGGAACCACAAGACUAUUUUGGUUACAAAAUACCCAAAUGGAGUAGGAUGCCACCUGCUCAUAGAUUUUCAAUUGAGGAAAUGAAAGAAGGAGUUUGUGUUCUUAAUAAAUCGGUUAGAAAGGAAUUUUAUCUGUUUGGUCGGAAAGAAAAUUGUCAUGUAGUGGCGUUGCAUCAAUCGAUCUCACGCUACCACGCCAUCAUUCAGUAUGGAAACCCGGUUGCCGAUGACAACAAUCAGGCCGGUUUCUACUUGUUUGACAUGGACACCACUCACGGCUCCUUCAUAAAUAACCAACGGAUACAAGCUUCCACUUUCGUCAAACUGAACGUGGAUACUGAUAAGUUUCACUUUGGCUUCAGUACACGUCGUUAUGCGAUAAGAAGUGUCAUGAGUAAACUCUUGGAAGACAGGAGGAAAAAGAUUGAAGGAGAAAUUGAGAAUAAAGCUGAAGAUGAGAAACAUACAGAAACAUGGGCUGAUUGGGGGAUGGGUGAUGAUGCUGAUGAAGAGACUGACCUGUCGCAUAAUCCUUAUGCAUCUGAACUCAAUGAAGAGUUGUAUCUCGCUGAUCCAAAGAAAACAUUGAGGGGGUGGUUCGAAAGGGAAGGCAAGGAACUGAACUAUGAUGUGGAACAGAAAAGACCCGGAGAAUAUUGCUGUAGAAUAGCAAUUCCUGUGGAUGAUCUUGGAGAAACAUUACGAGCAGAAGUGACAGUGAAAGGUAAGAAGAAAGAAUGUGUGGUGCAGGCUGCUCUGGAGGCGUGCAGGAUCUUAGACAAGCAUGGAUUGCUCAGACAGUCAUUUCAUUCAAAGAAAAAGAAAGUCAAAAACUGGGCAGAAAAUGAUUACUACGAUAGUGAUGAUGACUCAUUCUUCGACAGAACUGGUGACAUUGAGAAGAAGAGGAUAAAAAGAAUGGAAGCUCAUACUAAAAUCGAAAAGAAAGUUUAUACCUACGAGAGCCUGUUGAAGGACAAGGAAGAAAAUGCAAAAAAACUUGAGCAGUCCAGUUUGCAUUUUGAAAAAUGUAAAAUGAGACAUGAAAAGGCUUUAAAGGAAUUUGAAGGUGGCAAACGAAUGAAAGAUUGUGAAGAGGACGACGAAGUGAUGCAAGCACUUGCUCGCGAAAUCGAGUACCAAGCAGCGUGUGCUGCUCUGUCAGAUGCAGAGAAAGCAGUGUUGGAUGUAAAGGUUACUGACGAUAGUUUAUCUGGUCUUUUGCAUCUGGCAAAGCCAAUUGACUGGACUCCGUCUCAACCUAGUGUUGAAAAGUUAUUGGUGAGCGAUAGUAAGUGUGAGAAGCAGCAAGCAUCAGAUAGUGCACCGAUCACAUCCGAGGACCUUCAUGCAAACGAACCUUCCAAAAAGAAGUCCAAGUUGGUAAUGAAAAAGGAUUAUCAGAGCAAAUUAAAGAAGGAGAAGGUUACCACAAAUCAACUUAAACAUUGCAACGAACCUCGAAAAGUUGUUGAAAAAAUGCCAAAUAAUGAUUUUAAGAGAUAUGAUUCCGAGGAAAAUGACUCGAGCACAGAAUGGACUCCGCCUGUUGGUCAAACCGGAGAUGGUAGAACACAUUUGAAUGACAAAUUCGGCUACUGACCAUAUUAUUGAAUAAAUUUUUGUGUCUCGGAUGGUAUUUGUUGAUUGAACAUUCUCUCACAAACUAUUUAAUAAUCAGCUAAUUCACGACGUUGAAAUAUUUUGACAAUUUGGAGAUCAACUUCAUAUCUGUUUUAAUUGAAUACAUGUCAAUAAACAUUGUUUUCAUGACAACUGAGUUAUCAUCAAGGACAAAUAGUGAUCUUAAGGACAAAUAGUGAUCUUAAGGACAAAUAGUGAGUAACCUUCAGAAGGACCAGUUGUGUUUUGUAAUUGAUGUAAUCAAGUUUUGUACAUCAGAGUACCUGAUAAUACUGGUAGACUUAUUGAUGAAUUUAUCAUGUGCAUUUCUAUAAUUUGUGUAAGAGUUUAGUUGAAUAAAUAUAUAAAAGUGUAAAAAAGUGCACCUCUGUGCAAUAGGUGGGGAGCGCAGAGCGGCUCGG